AUGUUAGCCAGAAGGAUAUCCCUUCUUCCUUCUUCUAUUUGGUUUUGGCACUGGUAUCGUUUUAGUAAAGUUGAUACCUUUUGGCGCAGGCAUCAGAGGUGGGUCGGAAUUCCGAAUUCCGACACUUCUGACUGUUCCGACCCACCUCUAAGUCAGGCAUCAUCAUUGCCGAAAUCUACAUAUAUUUAUAAUUUAUUUUACACUUUUAUUUCUAAUAAAGAUUUCACAUCUGCAUCUCCUGGAGAUUGGUUAGACAAUGAAGGUUUAGUAAACAAGGAAAGCAUAAGAUAUAUGGGAAAUUUGUUUAAAAAAGAGGUUGCAAGUAGUGAAUUUGCAAAUUUUUAUGCAAAACUGACUUUAGCUAUUUUCAACUGUUUUUGUAACGAGAGGAAUGUUAAUGAUUUACGAUUACCUUCGUCUAUGGAAUAUUUAUACAAAAAAAUUAAACUUCAUUUCGUUAAUCAACCCUUGCUUGCAAAUUUCAAAGAAUUUCCUGUCUCCGAAAAAAUUACUUAUAUUGGAGGACUUCUUGUUGAGCAAAAUAAAAUUUUGAUUCAAGAAAAGGUUAAAGCCGAGGAUAAUGAGGUAAUUCAUUAA